GGUGAACAGACUCAGUGUUGGGCAGCUCGUUUCCACGUCAUAAUGGCUGGUGAAGGGGAAGACGAUGGCGUUUUAUUUGAGGAGCUCAUGCUUUUCCUGCCAACUUGAAUUCACACUUGACUGACUCACGACUUCGCUAUGAUCCAGGGCACGCGGGAAGUCCAUCAAACUUAUUUACUUUGGAAUAUUUAUUUUGUACAGAUAAGGAAUGCUCAUCAUGUGGGUGACUAUGAGUUCUUCGUAUAUGUUUUGUUGUUACUCAGAGUUCCAUGGUAAAAACCAAUCAUCAAACAACAACUAAGCUCGGGACUAAUAGUCUUAACCAUUCGAAAAUAAGCGCUGGGGGUACGAUAAGCUCGGGAGGGGGGUCUGAGGUCGGGGCGAGCUGAAGAAGGCGGCUACACCAUGUAAACGCUCUCUCUAAAAUGACUGGGUGCCAGAUCAAGGCGGACUUAUCGUAAGCCUAGGGUUGAAUUAGCCCGGGCUUCUUUUUCUCAUGUAAACACCCCCCCCCCCCCCCCCUGAGUGUGUGGUUUAGAUCCCCGUCUUGUGUGGAGAAAAAUUGAAGUUCACUCAAUUGUGCAGCCUCUCAGUUGACAGAUUUCAUUGCUGCCUCCGCAUGCAACUAGGAAAACUUGUUUUGCGCAACCUCGCAGUUUAUAUAUUUUUCAAGAGGCAUGGCACUGGAGUUUGCUAAUCAAUUAAUUGUUUGCUGCCACAAAAUUGUCACUCUUUUCACAAGAAAGUGAACCAUGUGUACUAUAUCUUGUGUGUGUAUGUGUGUGUGUGUGCGUUCGUGUGGGCGUUCGUGUGUGUGUGUGUGUGUGUGCGCGCGUGCGCGCGCGUAUGUGUAUGCAUAUGUGUGUGUUAAUUCGUACUGUAUUUGGGCACGUACACAUGCACUUCAUGUGGUUCUUCAGGGUUCGCCAUUGCUGGAGCAUUUACAAGAUGUUGGUGUUCUAGAUGGGCUACACAUAAGUAAGAAGGUGGCGUCACAGCCCAGCGAUGGCCACACACUCGUCCUUGGCCUUGCCCUUCAGACAUGGCUCUCCGGUGCAUUGGAAUCAGCUUCUGAGUUGCUUGGUCACGUCCUAUUAAUUGCAACAGGAGCACGACAUGCCAAUACUUGCAGCAUUAGUCUUCUGAUGCAGUCACGUCUGCUCAGCAAUGAUGAUCAAACUCUCUUGGCGUUUUUUGAUGAGUCCGCUUUCUCUAUGCAACCAGCUGCUACCGAUUCCUUGCCGUCUUCAUCAAGUUCGUUCAGGAGAAAACUGGUCUUCUCAUCGCUACUGGCUGUAGUCCUGGGUUUGUUGCUGUCUGGGAGCAUGAUGGCUGUUGUUCUCGCGAUGCUCAUCUUGCUUAUCAUCACUCUGGUGUUGUCCUGUAACAUGCUAGUUGGUAGAGUUGUAUCAAUCCUGGAUGAAUGGCGUCGAUCUUCUGAGCAGCUAAAUGCAACGCUGGCACAGUCACUGCGACUAAUGCAAGAUAUUGAAGUGGUUCACCACGGCUUUCUGAGGCCAUCACUAACAGGUGGGUCUGUUCGUCGCGAUGGAAGUCUGUUCGCAUCGGCCUCUUUGUCCUGUACAUCAGCGCUGGGAACAUCAGUUCGCAAUUCCACGUUGCUCACCUACUAUGCCUUUUGUCAGUUGACAAAAGCUCUCAUUGAGAGGCACCCACUGUUAGGUAAUGUGGACAGUAUAGAUCACUAUCUAUGCUAUGCUGAUCUCAACAUACCAACACUGCAAGACCUGGGCGUCCAGUCAGCGGAUGGUAGUACUAUGGAUCUGUCUCACUCCACGUUGAAGAUGUAUGUGAAUCUACUGCGAAACCAGCAGUCGGAGUGCAUCCGCCGGCUCUUGCUCUGCUUUACACCGAAAGCCCGGGGAUUUGAGUUUGGUGUGGGGAUGUAUCUUUCUAUGUGGACUCUUCUCAAGGCGGAUGUUAAAUUGGUGAAAGAGCAACACUGUCAACUGCAGGCAUCACUUGACUACAUGCAUAGCAGACUUAGUGAUCCACCAGCACCGCGUUCACUUGCCAUUCCAGAGAAGUCAUCUUCUAAUCGCUUCUCCCACCUUCUAUACCUAUCACAUAACUUGCAGUUGCACUUGCAUGCUGCGCUGGAAAGGUCGGAGUUGCUCAGAACUGCACUUGCUAAUGAGUCAUCUCAUGAUGAUGAUGAUGAUGCUGGCGCACUGGCGGAGAUUAGCAAGACUGCGCAGGCUUGUGUUGAUCUGGUGGAAGUGUCAGUUUCCUCAUCACAAUCGUAUAUUACGGAUGUAUCAGCCAGUCUCACUGCACUGCGUAGGGUUGAUAGAGCCCCAGACACAACUGGAGAAGUCUUAGAUUGGCAAGAUGAAGCUAUGACAUUGGAAGCAGACCCUGCUAGUCGAGAUGAUAAGCCCGCUGUUGGAGAAUCAGAUGACGAGGAAAGGGUGUAUGAAGCCACGGUGGAUAGUAGUGACGAAUCCGAGAAUGAAACGAGAAAGCUAACACCCUCUGAGAGGCGUGCAGAGAUAGAGCGCCGACAGCGGGAAGCUGAGGAACCCCUGCGCAUGGUGAGAGAGCUCAAAGCUGUGCUUGCAUCCAGGCAAGCGAAUGCUGUACUGCGCAAGUCUGCCGCCGCCGCUACAUCCACCAGUGCAAGUGCUGAUGCAUCGACUGCUUCCACUACGUCUGAGGCCACUGCUAGUGCUGCUGCCGUGUCGUCAAAGGUCACCGAGAGCAGCACCAAUGGCACUGUAUCCGAUUCAACUGCUGGAGCACCUGAUCUAUCUGAAUGCAUCCAACCUGAGUCUGUUCCAAGAGCAGAGUCUAGUGGUCAGUGCAUGCCUGGUCCAGAUGAUAGUUACAUCCACAGGAGAGAUGAUAUCACCACCACCAUCAGCAGCACCACCACCAGCAGCAGCACUAACGACAGUAGCACAAACACACAGUCUGCUGAUGCUCUGGCACCACUAUGCAGUAAUCAGCCUGGGGACAAUGUACCUAGCUCGGCGCUUGCUGCAAACAAGCAAGUGGAAUCCACCAGGGUUGACCAGCAUGUAGAUGAUCACUGCUCAGCUACUACCGAAGCCAGUUCAUUAUCUCCAACACACUUGUUUGCGACGUCGUCGACACCUUCGUCAAUGGCCCAAAUGGCUGCUAUGUUGGCACUGAGAGGGCGCUCAGCUGCAGGCCUUGGCAAGGUUGAGACAUUUGGAAGUGACGAGUCAGACGAGAGUGAUAAAAGUGAGGAGGAUGUGUGAGUGUUUAUGACGGUGGAGCAAGCAGCUGUGCCGCUGUUGCUCCACAACUCUCCAGCCACUUUGUUGCGCAAUCAAUUGUACCGCGACUGCUCUGACAGUUAGAAUGCACUCAUCCUACUCCAGCCACUUUGUGUUCAGAGGUACUCAGUAUGCUUAGCAGUGGCUCAGGACCGCAAGUUGCGGUUCGUUGUGCCAGAGAAAACACUAUGUCCUAGUGUUAGGCACUUUUGAUGUGAAUCGAAGGGCUACGUUAAGUAUGGAGCUUAGCAGGUCCAUGAUCACAGCUAUGCGACUUCCAGUGAUUGCCGUACCAAACAGGCCUGCUGGAACCGGUCCGGUUGGUCAGGUUAUUGCCGGACCAACUUUUUGGCCACCAACAUGUGUUUGGUACUGUGGAGGGCAUAUGUAUCCAACGUUUCGAUACCCAAAGUAUGAAAGGCCACAAUUCUACCGAGCCAAUCAAAAACUGCUUCCAGUGAUUGCCCUACCAAUACACCAGCUGUAGUAGUAGGUCCAAUACCAAGCAACCGUGUACCCUGCCUCCUUUCUGUACAUCACACACUAUGAAGAAAUUGCAGGAACCUGGCAUACGGUAUUGAACUACCAGGGGCGUAGCAGCCGCUCCGGCCGGUCCGGCUUUGGCCGGACCACUUUUUCGCCCGACCACGACCACCAUAGUUAAACAAUGCCAAAAGUGCCCAGAAUGCAGGAUUUUGCACCCUAAUUUUAAAAAAAAACAGGGGGGAGAUCCCCCUGGACCCCCCCCCCCCCCCCCUGGCCGGACCACCGCCAUCGGCGGUGCUACGCGCCUGACUACUGAUGUCUUCACAUGACUGUACAAUCAUGUAUAUGCCUUACAUUGGUACUGAGUUUGAGAUUUUAACCCUUUUUUUCGGUAGAUGCGGGCGUCACCG